AUGGGCAACUUGCAAUCCUCUCUACAUUCCCUCAACUCCGCCCAUAGCAGCACUUUAUGUGCCUGUCUCUUGUGCAACCUCACUGCUCGCUCGAUCCACUGGACCGUCAGCUCGGGAUCGGAGAAGGCCAUUGACGAUCCUUCGUACGACACUCUCCCCGUCCUCUCGGGUCAUGCUUCCGUCUCGUCUACGGCCACACAGGUGGCAUACACGCAAUUUCUGAGGACAUAUCCUGAAUACCGCGAUACGGCUGCCCUCGACACUCUGCGCAAGCAAGACUUUACUCGCCUGGGAAACACUAAAGAGACCUAUGUUGACUACAUGGGAGGCCACCUGUACCCUGAGAGCCUGGUUCGCGCCCACGCCGAAUUCCUCGCCCAGCACGUGAUGGGUAAUACCCAUUCUGUUAGUAACAGUUCGGCAAUAUCGGCUGCCCACGCCGCUGAGGCACGCCGCGAGGUGCUAGCUUUCUUCGACGCUCCUCCGGGUUACGCCGUCAUCUUCACGCCGAAUGCGACGGGUGCGCUCAAACUAAUUGGGGAAUCCUAUCCCUUCGGCCAAGGAAGCACGUAUCUCCUGCCAGGGGAUUGCCACAAUUCCGUCAACGGUAUACGCCAGUUCGCAUCUUCUUCAGGGGCCGACGUCGCCUACCUGUGCUGCCAGGCGCAUGGUGGGAUAGAUCUAGAAGAAGCACAGCGCGAGACCCUGUCAGGCACUGAUAUCAUAUCCGAUUCUUCUAAGCGUAUGCUGUCAGAACGUGCACCCCAAAAAGGCAACCCAUCUUUGUUUGUCAUUACGGGCAUGUCGAACAUCUCCAACACCAAAACGCCACUUUCCAUUGCGGAGCAAGCGGGGGCCCGCGGGUGGCAUACCCUCGUGGACGCAGCAGCGCUGGCACCUACGGCGCAUAUCUCGCUGCGGGAGAACCCGGCCGUGGAUGCCAUGGUCGUCAGCUUCUACAAGAUGUUUGGCUACCCGACAGGUAUAGGCGCGCUCAUCGCCAAGGAAAGCUUCCUGAGGCAGCUCAAGCGACCGUGGUUUGCCGGAGGCACGGUCGAUGUUGUCCAAGUUCCCGGAACACUGGUCACGAUGUCCCUGGAGCUGUAUGAGCAAUUUGAGGAUGGGACUAUCAACUACCUCGGCUUACCUGCCAUAACGAAUGGUCUUCGGUAUCUCGCCCCCAAAUUGCCACUCAUCCAGACCCGUGUCGGUCCUUUGUUCGCCUGGUUGUCUACGGAGCUGCAGAAGCUGAAGCAUGAAACAACUGGAGCUCCGGUGGUGAAGAUCCUCUCCAGACAGCCGAGCAGUGUGCCAGAGGGGAAAGACCGCUGGCAAGUCAUGAACAAAGAAAUAGGGUACACCCUGUCGAUGAUAUUCUUUGACGCUGAAGGGAACAUGUUCCCCAAUUCCUUCAUCGAGCACGCCGCGGCUCAGAAGCGGAUCUCUCUGCGCACGGGCUGUGUCUGCAACCCCGGCGGGGCAGCUGCCAUCCUCGGUAUCGAGCAUAACAUGGCUCUUCUCAAGCUGGGUGUGACGUAUAAGGACUUUGAAUACUGGGUCGGGCGUGAACUGGGCGUGGUCAGGGUCAGCCUGGGGAUGGUGACUGACUUUGAGGACGUGUGGCGUGUGUGGGCUUUCGCCCGGGAUAUGGGCAUCAGCGAGCGUCGAGAGGUGCUCUGGGACGCUUGGAGGGAAAGCAAGCCUGCUCACUGAUGUGGUUUAGAUCUAGGAAG